AUGGCUCUUCAGCCCAUUCCGCAUCCCUGCUUGUGCUUUCAGCUUCCAGCAUGCGUGAUCCACUUGUUCGUGCUCUACACAGCACUGUGUCCUCUCCUGGGGCUGCUCUGGUGGAUGGACGUUUCUCAAGCACAAGUGAGGGCGUGGGUGCAGCGACAGGGCUCUGCUGUGAGGGAGUGGGUGCAGCGGCAGCGAUCAGCUUUGGGGGCCAAGCUGAUGAAUCUGAGGAGAGCAGCUGCGUCUCUCAUGGUAUGCCAGAUUGAGCUGUGCGCUGCGCGGAUGAGAAGUGUGAGAGAAGCUCUUGUUAUAAUUCUCAAGCCAAUGUUUGGAGCAGCCAUGCUGAGGCAAGCAUUGGAGAGGAGAGUAAGGUCUCUUGAUAGGCAGCAGGCAGUGGCAAGGAGAGAGGAGGCUGGGAGGGAAAGAGCUGUGGAUUGGAGUGGGCUGAGAAGGUUACUGGAUGACAUAAGAGAUGGAAAGAGAGCAGUAAUUGCUGAGGUGGUGAGGGAGAGGGAAGAGCGGGAGAAGGUGAGAAGGGAGAUGCAUGAGUUGAGGGAGCGACUGGGAGAGGCAAUGGGCAGUGGUGCAUUGGAGAGUUUGCUGAGGGGGCGACUGGGAGAGGCAAUGGGCAGUGGUGCAUUGGAGAGUUUGCUGAGGGAGCGACUGGGAGAGGCAAUGGGCAGUGGUGCAUUGGAGGGAGAGGAGGUGAGGGAGGGAGGGGGAGAGGCGAUGGGUGGUGGUGCAUUGGAGAGGGAGGAGGUGAGAGAGGGAGGAGGAGAGGGGGUUGGACCGGGGGAAGGGGGGGAAGGUGAGGUAGUGGUAGGUGUGGAAGGGGAGGAGGAUGGGAGGGAUGAGAGAAUGGUGGAGGAGAGGAAAGAGAAGGAGAAGAAGAGGGUGGAGAGGAGGAAAGAGGAGAAGAGGGAGGAAAGGAGGAGAGAGGAGGAGAGAAGAGAGGAGAAGAGGAGGAUGGAGCGGAAGGAGAAAUGGAAGGAGAGGUGGGUGGAGGAAAGGGAGGAGGGAAGGAGAAGGAGAUUUCCUGGAGGAUAG